UUCUCGCAGCAGGCGCUUGUCAUUCUGCACUAUUUCCUGCUGACACACACCGCUCCGAGAUUGAUUUAGAUAAGAGCCACACACGGAUCUCCUACGUGGACUUUAGAGCUAGAAAAACAUGUUUGACAGCUGCUGAUAGCAUGUGAGCUAAUGGUUAGCACUAGUGCACGAGGAGUCAUGCUCAGGUCAAAGUAGAAACACUGUCUCGUUUCUUCUUCUGUUUGCUGGAAAAACAUGGCAGAGAUCUUUCCCCGCGUGAGUAUGUUUAGACUCGGGUGGAGAGGCGUGAAACUGAGCAGGAAAGUCACUAAUGCAGCUGCUUCUGCGCAGACGCGGCGCCGCUACAGCACAGAUGCGUGUGAACGGGAUCGCAGCUUGUUUGGGCUUCUGUUUGACAUUGACGGGGUGCUGGUACGUGGACGGACGCCCAUCCCUGCAGCCAAACAGUGUUUCAGGAACCUGGUGGACAGCGAUGGAAGAUACAAGGUCCCUGUGGUGUUUGUGACAAAUGCGGGGAACUCUCUCCGAGAAACCAAGGCUGAGCAGCUGUCUCACCUUCUGGAGGUUGAGGUGUCAGCAGACCAGGUGGUGCUAUCCCACAGUCCUCUGCGGGUGUUCACUCAGUUCCAUGACCUGUGUGUGCUGGUGUCCGGACAGGGACCCGUGGUGGAAGUUGCACACAAUGUAGGAUUCAAGAACGUUGUGACCAUCGACAUGUUAAGGGAUGCGAAUCCUCUCCUGGAUGUAGUGGAUCACAAUCGCAGACCCAAAGACAUGAAUCCCCCAUCUAAGGAUUUGCCACCAAUAGAUGCGGUCAUCCUGUUCGGUGAGCCUGUCAGGUGGGAGACCAACAUACAGCUGAUCACUGAUGUGCUCUUGACCAAUGGGAGGCCAGGAAACCCCGUGACAUCACUGCAUUACCCACACAUCCCUGUGCUGGCCUGCAACAUGGACCUGCUGUGGAUGGCCGAAGCCAAAAACCCUCGAUUCGGUCACGGCAUGUUCCUCGUGUGUCUGGAGAGCAUCUAUAAGAAGAUAACAGGCUGUGAGCUGAAGUACGAGGCUCUGAUCGGGAAGCCCAGCAUUGUGACUUACAACUAUGCUGAACUGCUCAUUAGAAAACAGGCCGAGCAACUGGGCUGGACCCGACCGGUCGAGAGACUCUACGCCAUUGGUGACAACCCGAUGGCUGAUAUUUAUGGUGCAAACCUGUACAACCGCUACCUCAAAGCGAUGGACCGCACCCGUGCACAGGUGCAGGCGCAGGGCGGCUCGAGCAGCCAGGUGACCGGCGACCUGCAGUGUGAAGCGUCCGACGAUGCCAAACGCUCCGGGCGCGUGAUGGUGGGAGGCUCGUUCGAUCACCGUCUGCCCGAAGGCUGCAGCUCCAUCCUGGUCUGCACGGGCGUCUACAACCACAACCACCAGGACUUGCCCUCCGACCCGGAGCAGACGGUCACCGAGCAGCAGAUUUUCCACGGUCACCGGGACUUCCGCUUCGACCCCAGCCUGACCCAGCCUUCCUUUGUCGUCCAUGACGUUCAGGAUGGAGUGGAGUUGGUCUUCCAGCUGGAGGGCUGGUCACUGCAGUAAAUCAUUGUAUAUUAUAACAUAUCUACAUGUGAUGCACCACGACUUGUCAAAACGAAAUCGAUCCCGAUUAUAAUUCCUGUCUACACAGGAAGUGUCCAUUGUCAGAGUUUUUUAUUUGUGACCUAGGACCACAAAACCAGUCAGAAAUUUUUGAUUUAUGCAUCAUCUGAAAGCUGAAUGAAUAAGCUUUCCAUUGAUGUAUGGUUUGUUAGGAUCGGUCAAUAUUCAUAAUAUUAUAAAAGUUCUUAGCA